UUGCUGCUGAAAACAAAGUCGGAUUUUUGACUGGAACCAGGAACCGAAAUGGACUUAUCACCACAAAACCAUCGAAUUCAUUUAAACGACGGAAAUACCAUUCCGAUUAUUGGGCUGGGAACAUACUCUACACCCAAAAUAACUGCCAAAGGUGCGUGUUAUGAAGCGGUAAAAAUCGCGAUUGAUGUGGGAUACCGACACUUUGAUGGAGCCUUGGUUUACGGUAACGAAGAUGAAAUUGGAAGAGCCAUUCACGAAAAGAUUGCUGACGGUACAGUGACACGUGAGGACCUCUAUUACUGUGGCAAGCUGUGGAACACCUUUCACCCACCGCACCUGGUACGACCCAGCUUGGAGAAAUCCCUCAAACUGUUGAAGUUAGAUUACAUCGACCUGUACAUUAUUGAGCUUCCAUUGGCAUUUAAGCCGGGAGGUGUGUUUUAUCCCCGUGAUGAAAAUGGGAAGUAUUUGUAUCAUCCAACUGACCUGUGUGCUACCUGGGAGGCCCUGGAAGCAUUGAAAGAUGCUGGUUUGGUCAAAUCAAUUGGGGUGUCGAAUUUUAAUCGCAGGCAGUUGGAGCUGAUCCUGAACAAACCCGGUCUAAAGUACAAGCCAGUGGUAAACCAGAUUGAAUGUCAUCCAUAUUUUACCCAAACUAAGUUCAAGGAGAUUUGCGACUCCCAUGGCAUUGUCAUUGUGGGCUACAGCCCCCUGGGAACCUGUCGGGAUUCUCUCUGGGUGAACAUAAAGAUUCCCUCUCUGCUGGAUGACCCUGUGUUAAACUCCAUAGCAGCAAAAUACAAGAAGACCAGUGCCCAGGUGGCCCUGCGUUUCCAGCUUCAGCGGAACAUUAUUGUCAUUCCUAAAAGUUUUAACCCAGAACGUAUCAAACAAAACUUUGAGAUUUUUGACUUUUCUUUGACAAGUGAAGAAAUGAAAAUGGUUAGCAACCUCAACAGGAAUGAACGAUAUGUGGAGCUUUUGAUGUGGAAGGAUCACCCAGAAUACCCAUUUAAUGACCCAUACUAAGCUCCACAGUUCAUUGUUAGAGGUGUCCAGGAGCAGGAGUAGGAGCAAUGCCAAAGUCCUGGAUGAAGAGGGACAAAACCAAAUUGGGGCCAAAAUGCCAAACAAUGUUCAAGUCUUCCAACAGAGAAAAGUGAUUGAAAGUAAAAGCAAGUCUGAACGCUUUGUUUCUCUUUUCUUCCCUGGUCACAUCCAGAACAGAGAGUGUUCGACAUAUAAUCCAAUAAAGUGCAAUGACUCUGCGAGAAACAAAUGGCAAGAG